CUGGCUCGGGCCCCGCCCCUCGGGGCGGCUCUGCGCAUGCUCGGCAGUGCGGGCGGCCAAGCGGGCGGCGGCGAUCUGGAGACCCCCGAGGGAUGGAAGCGCCGGCGCCGGCGGAGGCGGCGGGAUGCGAGGAGCUCGAUAUGGACGUGAUGAGGCCCUUAAUAAACGAGCAGAAUUUCGAUGGGACGUCGGACGAGGAGCAGGAACAGAUGAUCCUGCCAGUGCAGAAGCACUACCAGCUCGACGGGCAGCAUGGGAUUUCAUUCAUGCAGACGCUGAUGCAUCUUCUUAAGGGGAACAUUGGAACCGGCCUUUUAGGACUCCCCUUGGCAAUAAAGAAUGCCGGCAUUGUGCUUGGACCAAUCAGCCUUGUGUUUAUAGGAAUUAUUUCCGUCCACUGUAUGCACAUAUUGGUACGUUGCAGUCACUUUCUAUGUCAGAGGUUUAAGAAGUCAACACUGGGGUACAGUGACACUGUGAGUUUUGCUAUGGAGGCCAGCCCAUGGAGUUGUCUUCAGCGGCAGGCGGCGUGGGGGCGGAGCGUGGUCGACUUUUUUCUGGUGAUAACGCAGCUGGGAUUCUGCAGCGUCUAUAUCGUCUUCUUAGCCGAGAACGUGAAACAAGUUCACGAAGGCCUUCUGGGGAGCACAGUGCUGGUUUCCAACAGCACAGAUCCAUCUCUUGCCUGUGAGAGAAGAAGUGUGGACCUCAGGGUCUAUAUGCUCUGCUUCCUCCCAUUUAUAAUUCUCUUGGUCUUCAUUCGUGAGCUGAAGAAUCUCUUCAUACUUUCCUUCCUUGCCAACAUUUCCAUGGCUGCCAGUCUUGUGAUAAUUUACCAGUAUGUUGUCAGGAACAUGCCAGAUCCCCACAAUCUUCCAGUUGUGGCCGGUUGGAAGAAAUACCCACUGUUUUUUGGUACUGCUGUAUUUGCUUUUGAAGGCAUAGGAGUGGUGCUUCCCCUGGAAAACCAAAUGAAGGAGUCCAAACGCUUCCCUCAGGCCCUGAACAUCGGCAUGGCGAUCGUCACAGUACUAUACAUCAGCUUGGCCACUUUAGGCUACAUGUGUUUCCGUGAUGAAAUCAAGGGCAGCAUUACACUGAAUCUGCCCCAGGACAUGUGGUUGUAUCAGUCUGUGAAAAUUCUGUAUUCCUUUGGCAUUUUCGUGACCUAUUCAAUUCAGUUCUAUGUUCCAGCAGAGAUCAUUAUCCCUGGAGUCACUGCCAGACUUCAUGCCAAAUGGAGGCGCAUCUGUGAAUUUGGGAUACGGUCCUUCUUGGUUAGUAUCACCUGUGCUGGGGCGAUUCUCAUUCCUCGUCUCGACAUCGUGAUCUCCUUCGUUGGGGCUGUAAGCAGCAGCACGCUGGCCCUGAUCCUGCCGCCGCUCGUGGAAAUCCUUACGUUUUCUAAGGAGCAUUACAACAUAUGGAUGAUGCUGAAAAACAUCUCCAUAGCAUUCACUGGAGUCGUCGGCUUCUUGUUGGGCACGUAUGUCACUGUUGAAGAGAUUAUUUAUCCGACUACAGUAGCUGUAGCAGGCACCUCCCAGAGUCUCUCUCUGAAUGUGAACUCCACAUGCGCAGCGUCUGGGCUGUGAGUCUUCGGUUGUUGCCCCAUUCUGACAGCAGAUUAAGAACCAGUACAGUCACCAUGCAUUUAAGCACAGUGCCAAACUCUUGUUUUGGUUGGAGAGUAUUGCGGUUGGACUGGGACCUGGCCAUCUUUUGCAGUUGUGUAAACUAUGGCAGAUUCUUGCUUUUAUCUAAUGACAAUGAAAAAUUUAAAAUUAGCGUUGAAAAACUGAAAAAAAUUAAAAUCCAAACCUUCAAACAAUAAGCAUACCCUAUUAUUUGUUUCUGUAAGAAACACUUUGAAUAAGAAUUAUCUUUCUUGCCACUAUUGAGAAGAUAAAGGCAUUCAACAUUGUGGAAAUUAAAUAGGGACAUAGUUAAUAGGAUCUUUCUGGAGAUUCCCAUAAAGCAAAGUAAGCCUCCUGUGUAUGUUUAUGAAAAUGCAUCAGUUGCAUUUUUAUUGCAUGGGUAAUGCUUCUGACAGCCCCUGGAAGGACAGACGAUUCCCACUGACCGUCUUGUAGAUAUUAGAAAGCUCGCAGAGCCAGAAUCACCUCACUGUUAGGCUUUACAGACAGUAGGGCUCCAUAGCCACUGGGAAGUACUGAGCAAGGUUCUGAUCUGUUUGGGUUGUGGGCAAAAAGGCCGCUGAGGUUUCUGGAAUUCCCCUCUCUUAGUUACUGUCUUAGUUGGGGUUUCUCUUGCUAUGACACAGCAUCAUGACCAAAAGCAACCUAGGGUACAAAGAGUUGAUUUCAGUUUAUACCUCCACAUCACAGCCAUCAUCAAAGGAAGUCAAGACAAGAACUCAGGGCAGGAACCUGGAGGCAGGCGCUGAUGCAGAAGUUAUGGGACGAUACUGCUCAUGGCUUGCUCAGCCUGCUUUCUUAUAGCACCAGCCCAGAGGUGGCACCACCCACCAUGGACUGGGCCCUUCCUAAUUGAUCAUCAACCUGGAGAACUAUCCCACAGACUUACCUGCAGGUUAGUCUUACAGAGACAUUUUCUCAGCUGAGACUCUCUUCCAAAUUGAUUCUAGAUGUGUCAAGACAGGGCAGUUAGCAUUGUAGGAAAUGGAGUCUCAGAAUGUCAGAUGACUUCAUCAAGAGCACUUAUCCUAGUCAAGAGAACCCAAAAUUUGUUCCAUAAAAAGAUCUUUUAAAAAUUAUUUUUCAUGUUACAGUCAAGAAAGAUGAAAAAUUACAUACAGCUUAAUUUAGUGUAGAUUUUAUUCAAUUAUAUUUUCAUCUUUGAUAGUGUAUGUCUGAUAUAUUUGAAUAUAUGUGACAGAAAAAUCCAAGAAUCCUGCCUGUGACUUUAUAGACCUCAUACAGGAAGAGAAGCUAACAUUUCCUUAUAGGUACGUGACAAAGUACAGGAUUUUGGAUCGCCCCAGCCCUGUAGCAAGUCCUUACUGUAAUCUCUCCGUGAUCUGAACGGGCAGAGGGACCCACAAUGCAUACUUAGGAGACUUGAAACAAUUAGGAACUGUCUAGAAAAAACUGAGAUGCUUCAGGCACUGUCAUAGAAAAUGCCUCCUUCCUUCCAUCUCCAAAUACAUUAGCCAAGGCAAACAAGCUCAUUUGAUGAUGAAGAUAGGAAUUCUGGCAUUUAAAGGAACGAGUGCUGGGUCUUCUGGACUUCUCAGCCUUGGUUCUCCUGUGCGUUAGUCUGUAAGAUGUCACCAAGCUCUCUGUGGAAUUCUCUAUUUUUCUAUGUAUACGUUAACUUAUUCAGGUUCAGCUUUGCUUACGUCAUUACUUUGUCUUCAACUGUGAGCCUAUAAAUAUAUCAGAAGCUUUAUUUUGGUAUGAAUUCAUAAGAACCAAAACUUUAAAAACAUUUAUGUUAGAUAUUUCUAAUAAUUGUUUAUGCUAUUUUAUGUUAAAUCAUUACUCCACGUCUCUAGUCUUGUGCAGAGACAGUGGGUGAGGUUGUGGGGACAGUAGUUUCAUAGGAAUUCCACUGUGAGCACUGUAGUAGAUAUUUAAAAAUGUGCAGUGGUGUACAGGGGUUAAAAGCUCACAGCUCGGGGCAGCGCAAGCUCUUGUUUAGCUGCCUUUGCGAGUAUUCUCCACUCUGAGUGCUCAGUUUUAGUUUUGCAUCUCCACCUGUUACUUGUGGAAUUCACCAGGUGUGAUGGGUUUUUACACAAUGGGUCACUGCAUGACUCUAGGUUCUGCACCCACAGUGUGACAUCUCAGCCAGGAUUUCCCGCACAGUGGGCUGCUGCACCAGCACCCAUGCGGAAAUCCCCAGGUUAUCAACACAAGAGAAGUCCUUGACAGAAAGGAGCGUAGGCUGACAGAAGAAGAAAGUUUUUGGUUUUAUUGUGAAACACUGUUUAGAUAUAAACUGUAAAAGGCAUACACUCUUGUUCUUUAAGGGUGCCCAAAGAUAUACUUAUCAUUUUAUCAUUUUUCUAUAAUACUUAGUUUUACAUAAUUUUCUAAAGAUUUUUGGAGAAGAUAUUUUGAUUCUAGCAGCUGUUUCUUUUGUUUGGGGGCUCCAAGAAGGGGAAGCUGCCACACACGCUGAACUCACGUUUGCUAGUUCCCAUCACACUGGGAACUUUCCCAGAAAGCUAGCCAGUUGUAUGGGUGCCAUUCCCACUGUGGGGCCGUGAGAGGAGAGCUGUGGGCUAACCUCAGUUAUCUGCCACCUGCUUCUGUUCCCUGAGCUCCAGAGUGUUCCCAGGCAUCUGAGGGCAUUCGUCAGAACACUGGUCCCACACAGCUUUUAACACGUGGCCCAGUUUCUUCACGGCUAAGAAGCAGGAGCUGAGAGAGUUUCAGCUUAGAUAGUCAUAGAAAGCAAACUGGCAUUUGCUGUUCCCCACUACCCCGUUCUGCUCUCUCUGACUUGUCACUAAAGCCGGGUGAGUCUUGUGAGAUGGACUCUUUGAAGAGUUUGUAAUCCAUUUAUGGCAGUGCACUUGUGAGUUACCCAACAGGGUUUGAGCUUUGACAUGUUCCUAGUCCUAGAACAUGUCAGCUUAAGUGCAUAUGGCUGCCAUGUCUCACAGCAUCUUAUCAGCUCCCUGUUCCACUUCAGUCCCCACAGAUGCCAGUGCGGUGAUCGCUGGCAACAUACAUUAGGUAUUGUGCACAGCUCCCUUUCCUUCCAAGAUGGAAAAGAUACAGAACAAGCCAAUGGAGAUAAUAAAUACACUUGUUUAUAUCAACAGAUGUUAACUGUAGAGCAAUAAAACCAUUGGUUGAAAUAUAAUGCAUCAAUAGUGUAAAAUUAUAAAAUAUUGGAAAUGGGUUUAUUUUGAUCAGCUCAGUCCAGUUAUCUUCCCUUAAUUAAGAAGAUGUGAGAAAUUUGUCUAGGAGGUAGCAGACUGCUUCUUCUCAUUAAAUGCCUGUAUGUACUUGAGCACACAUGACUUACUUCCUGGAUUGGCUUGGUUUAGACCCAGCAUAUAAAAGAAAUAUGUCGAGGUCUAGAAUUGAUUGCCUAGCAAGCGGAAUGACAAAUCACCCAACUGCUCAGAUUUCCUGUUAGAACUGGCUACUCUCUAGGUGUAUCCAUGCAUGUCACCCCAGAGGGACUCACAGCUGACUCCAUUUCAGCUACUCUGCCACAGAUCGGACCAGAAUGAUGAUCACACGGGAAAACGUGUUCGUGACAUGAAAAAGUCGGGCUGCAGAUCUUUGUUUUUCAUUGUUAGCUUUAUUGAAAGUCAAGUGUCAUUAGACUUGUGUCUUAUAAUUUAUUAUUCUUUGUAAAAGAAGUUGGAAAGUGUCUGAAAAUACUGUGACUUCUGAAUUGUCAAUAAAGUAUAAUUAUUUUGCUUGCUAUUAAAUGCUUUUAAGUUUUUCAUUUAUAAGGUUAAAUAAAAUGGAAAAUAUCCUAGCUAAAAAUGCA